UAUGACUACACCCAUUCGGUCAACGCCGGACGGCGGGGAGACCGCCCCGCAACCCCAGGGGCUUACCGUAAAGACAAGCGAGGAUAUGGCGCGGAUCCAGGUGACCUGCCCGCACCAGAGCGGGCUCAUCUACGCCGUGCCUGGCGACCUCAGUUGGGUGUGCACCGACGAACUGCGCCACGCCCACGCCAUGGCCGGGUUUUUGCGUGAGCUCAUCGCGCUCAAAGACCCGCGGGUGGAGACCCUGAUGCAGCAGUGGGGGCUCUACUACCGCAGCCUGCCCCUUGAUGUUGCAGCGGCCGAGGGCGAGGCAGAAAAUGCG